AUGGAGAGCACACUGUACCCCCCGGCGGGAAUAUUCGGCACCCCUUCACCAUCUACGGCAGGAAGCAUGAUCGCAGGCUCCAAACCCCUGGCGUUCUCGAUCGAGCGGAUUAUGGCUAGGACGCCGGAGCCCAAGUCUAUUCUGCCUUUCCCGAAAUCGGACACCCGUGCUACCGCGCUGGCCAUGUCACCCUCCCGGCUGCACUGCAUGCUCCCCAUUAUGCCACUCGCCUACGAACCUGCGCACAAACUUCAUGGAAUAGAGGCAAACCACACUGAACCCGAGUUUUCUUUCAGUACCGGAAAGGAGCGAGACGUAACGCCUACGAUCGGACAGUAUAAACUUUUCCGACCACGGGUUCUCUCACACUCCUCUGUACAAGCUGCCGCCGCCGUACGUUACCUGAACUGUAGCGAAAGCGCAUGCGCGCCUCCGCCCGCGGCACUGCUCAACCUGCACCCAGUAGCCUCGUACCUGCUGAAUGCUCCGCUGCAGGGGCGCCACAAAAACCUGCUGGUGGACAGAAGCAGAUCCGCACACGGUGUGGACUCUUAUCACGGAGCACUGGCGCUUAAAGAGCUUUCCCAAACCCAACUACACCAGUACAUGAAGGAGAGCGCACAUAUUCUGUCCGAAAAACUGUUUAAAAACUCCGCCAAGCUGCACUCCGUCUCUCCUCAAGCCAAAGCCAAAGUGUUUACAUGCGAAGUCUGUGGCAAGGUGUUCAACGCACAUUAUAAUUUAACUCGACACAUGCCCGUACACACUGGAGCCAGACCGUUUGUGUGUAAAGUGUGUGGCAAAGGAUUCCGCCAAGCAAGCACGCUAUGUCGCCACAAAAUCAUUCAUACUCAGGAAAAACCGCAUAAAUGCCACCAGUGUGGGAAAGCGUUUAACCGGAGUUCAACUCUAAACACGCAUGCGCGCAUCCACGCUGGCUACAAACCUUUCGUGUGUGAAUUCUGUGGCAAAGGGUUUCAUCAAAAAGGAAAUUAUAAAAAUCAUAAAUUGACGCACAGCGGCGAGAAACAGUUCAAGUGCAAUAUCUGCAACAAAGCCUUUCACCAGGUGUACAACCUGACCUUUCACAUGCACACGCACAACGAUAAGAAGCCGUUCACCUGUCCGACAUGCGGCAAGGGCUUCUGCAGGAACUUCGACCUAAAGAAACACAUCAGAAAAUUGCACGAUGCUUCACCAGGCCCGCAAUCACCCGCAACACCGCCGGAACAGAGCCACUGAAUUGACUCUAUACAUUUGGGGUUUCAUUCCAAACCCGCACUCCAAAUAGUACAAAACAGUGUACAGACUGAACGUAGCAAGACUACUUGCUGUUUUGUCUAUUUGUACUACAUGGAGGUCGCGGAUUUAUACAUACUUUAUAUAUGUAUGUACUAAAUCUAUAUAUUAUACU